UUUGCAAGGCAGGAGUACUGAUGAUACAUAGUAGUCGUUACAUGCGCAUAGUGGCGCCACGAUACGAGCAGGAAUUGUAAACUCAAACCUACAAUGCGGAGCUGCGAGCUGCCAUUCGCUUACCAGCAAUGCCACACUGCCUGCAGACGAUUCAGCCCAAUGACCACCGAAACGCUCAGCCUCGUUGCGCAGGCUGGUGACACACUCGCCACUCCAUCGCUUAUCAAUGCCCCAGCCCUGAUCUGCAAAGAGAUAGACAUCUUGCCUACAGUUCAUUCCAACUCCAACCUGAUGGAGUCUCUUUCAGGAGUCGCCAGCGGCAUAGCUGUUGCCUCUUUAGCCAUACAACUUCUUCAAUCUGUCAAUACCAUCAGGUCACUGCUUCACAACGUUCAAGACCCACCUCAGGAGCUGAUUCGCAUUGCCGAUUUGUUGAAGAGGCUUGGGGCAUUGCUUCAAGAUGUUCGCAGCAUCGUAGAGAAGCAGACGUCUCUACAAGGUCACCAUUUUCCUGUCCCAACUAUGACAAUAUCGACUUGUCUCAAAAGCUGCGAGGAAGCUCUCAAGCCGCUCGAACCCAUCACAAAAACCUUAAGUUUGGACCACAAUGCCUCGAAAUUUGCCAAAUUGCGCAGCGACAUUAGGCUUGGAUUCAAGACAAAUGACAUCAAAAACACGGAGAUCCGGUUACAGCAUGAGAUAACAAGCCUCAGCACUGCCUUGGCGAUAAACAAUACAAACAUCCAACUGCAGGUGCUCCCAGCCCCUCUGCGCUGCCAAAGUCCUGCAAAUGCAAGAUGCGUGCAAAAGGCAUCAGUAACAUCUGUUGCCUAAAGCAAUGAGCCGGUAUCCGCUCCAUUGAGUCCCACAAUUCGCACUGUCACGCGUCAUGUGACUUCACGACUUGAGCUGCUUGGCCUCUAUCAGGUUCGAAGGACUCGAUAUUUUGUCGGACAAAAUGACUCGAACGAAUGGCAUAACAAUGAAGCCGAAUAUGUCAUUUCCGAAGAGAACGAAUACUCCUUGUUUUGGAAGUGUUUGGCUUACGGAG